ACCACCAGCCACGUGGAAUUUGGCCCACCUGGCUUCUCCAUUCUCCCAUUUUAUAGGUCCCGCAUCAUCAUUUSAAGCAAAAAAAGCCCCUAAACCUAAACCAUCAUCCUCUCGAGUUUCUGCAGCUUAGGAAGGGAAAAAUAUUUUUCUUUUCUUUUCUUGAAAUAAAAACCCUUCAGUUUUCACGAAUAUAUUACACUCUCCAGUGAGAGUCCCACUGAUUUCAUCAUCAUUAGAAUGGCCUCCUUUUGGUAUUGUUCAGCACUCAUUAUGGCUUUCAUGGCCUCAACUUUGCUAGCUUUACCAUCUGACUCUCUACACAAUCCAAAAUCCUCCACCAUAAUCUCAGCCUCUCCAUCACUUUUUACCACCAAUUCUCCACAACCCAUCUCCCCUUUCCAAGAACUCUCCCCUGAAAUUGCUCCAUUAUUGCCCUCUCCAGGCGGUAACAUUCCUUCUGCAACUGGCUCCAUUCCCACCAUUCCCUCCAACCCAAGCCCUCCCAAUCCAGACGAGUUCGAGGCGCCCGCCCCCGAUCCCUCGGCCCUCUCGCCAUUUGGGCUUCCAGGUUCCUUCGCACCGCCCACAGCCCUGCCUUGGUAUUCAAAUUCGCUCCUUCUUCUUGCUGGCUCAGCACUAUUUCUCUUCUCUCUGCCGUUACAUUGAGUCCCAAAAAUGUCUUUCUGCAAAAACAAGUUCAACUGGUGGACUUGUACUUCACUUGAUUCAUCACAUCCCCUAUGUUUCCCACCUUUUUUUCUUCAAUUUUCAUUUUUUUGAGUAUAUGGAAGAUAGUACUCUUUAGUUAAGCUUCUUCGGUUGAAUUAUUGCAGGGAGAAUUCAGAUCAUUUGUACUAUAUAAGCGAUAUAURGCAUAGUAUUUCAGUCUCUAUUUUUGUAUGAGCUGCUUGAUU